AUGGCAGACUCCAAGGCUCCAUUUACAGUGCGUAUUCGCAAGUUAUUGACGAACCCUCUGCUGCAGCGGAAGCAGAUGUGCGUUGAUCUUCUGCACUUGGGGCGGGCGAACGUGAGCCGCAAAGAGCUGCAGCAGCGCCUCAUGCAGCAGUUCAAGGUUCAAGACCCUCGCUGCGUUAUCGUGGGUAACCUCUCUACUGCAUUCGGUGGUGGCAGAAGCAGAGGACAGGCCUGGAUUUACGACGACUUCAAAGCCGCACAGCGCUUUGAACAUCGGUACAGACUCGUCAGGAUGGGUGUCGCAGAGGCCCAGCCCAAAAAGGGACGCAGAGCCACAAAGGAACUCAAAAACAGAAAGAAGAAGGUGCGCGGAACGGAGAAGGCGAAGACAACAGCUGGAAAGCAAAAGUAA